AUGGCUCCGAAGGCCAAGGCGAAGGCUUUUGCAGGCGAGGCAAACGAAAAAGGAUUGGAUAUCACCGACAUGCAUAUGGCAUGGGAUGGUGACAUGUCAAUCCGAACCCGGCUGCGGGGGGGCGGGAUGCUCCUACAUGAAAAGUCGGGGCUUUCAUGUGACAAUCAUGUCUGCAAGCUCAAUCGAUCCGUGCUGGAGCCCAUAUUGAUGGGCAUGGCUUCUUCGGCGGAGCGCAAGCUCCCUUCCUUGGGUGAUUUGCGUAACGAGAUGCAGAUCAUUUACCGAUCCAACAACCGAGUUGGUGACGAAGUUCAGGCUUCUGUCGCUGGCGACGCAAUUCACAUAAGGAAGCUGCUCUCCCAUGUCAAGGCUAAAGUGCGCAGACAUGAGGUGGACAUUCCUCCGCUGACCAAGAGGGACCAGUUUCGAUUGAAGUCUAACCAGAAAGACGGGCGGCGACCUGGGCGGCGGAGCACCAAGAAGAAGCGUGCCGCCAAGAAGGGCAAUGGGCAUUCGAAGUGUGCCGCGCUUUCGCCGUCCAAACGGCGACGACGAUUGCUGCGCAGCUCUUCUCGUGGCGAGGUGGCGGAGAAGGACGAAGAGCCAGAAGCUGAGGAGGCGGAGGCAGAGGCGGUGCCGGAGUCGGACGGACUUUGGUGGUACCUGUACGUGGACAGCCAGGACGAGGUCACGAAGAUCAUUGCCGACUUCACCCAGGAGGCGGACUUCAAGGACGGAAUGCUCUGCUCGCAGUUCAAAGCGGAUCUGAAGGCCCGGGUGGAUGACUCGCAAUUGUUUGGUAUGACCAUGUACUGGACGCGGCCAGCUGUGGGCCUCUUGCACAGAACGACUGGCAUUGAGAUAGGCCAGGUCUCAAUUGGGAAGAUUGAGGCAACUUGGGCUGCCAAGAUGGCGGCUUUGGGCAAGGCAGCCUCGUUGUAUGCAGCAUACAUCGAAGGCUUGAUCAAGGACGGUUAUGUCGAAGACACCGCCACGGCCAUGACUGAGAGUUACGACAUUUUUGAGAUGAAGGAGUUCCUGAAAAAAGCUGUGAUCUCCGCAAUCGCAUGA